UUCAAUACUUUUUUCUGGGAUGGAGUGAGAUUAGGAUCCUUGAAAGUAGCGAUGAUAAACAUCAUGGUUGGAACUACACUUCUAAAAAAAUUUCAGCAAACUCAAGUUUGAGAAGUAGAGCUACAAAAUUUCAUUUUUUCCCGCCCAUUUGCUCAUUCCAACCUUAAUUCAUAAGCAUAAACUCAAUUCUUCAACUCAAUCUCAUUCUCUCUCCCCACAUGUGAUUUUCUCAUCUUCACCAUCUCCAAUGCCGGAUUUAGGAUCAACUUUGUUCAGUUCAGAUUCCGUAUCCCUAACUCGUUGCCCUAAUUCUUUCAAUGCUUCUACUUCUUCCGAUUCACUCUACCCUUGCCCCAUCAAAACCCUAGCUUUUGAUAAUGAUUACUCUUCUCAUUUCGAUUUCAGACCUCAACUUCCUAUCAAUGGAGAUUUUCCUGAUAUUUCUGGUACUACAACCGGUUUGCUCAAAAUCAGGGUUACUAGGAUGAAUUCUGAUGCCUUUGAGGGGUAUAAUAAUCAUAAUCAUGAUAGUAAUAGUAAUAAUGCUAAGGUUCUAGGAGCUAAGUGUUUGGAUGAUUAUGUCAAUGAUUGGAAAUCGAGAAAGAUUGCUUCUGGUUUCGCCACUAAUCGUUGCUUUCUACCUUUUCUUGUUGGUUCUCCUAGUCUGGUUAAGUGUUGUGCUUGUUCAAGUUAUAUCUACCCUGGGGAUGAGAUCUCUUGCUCUGUUCAAGGUUGUACGACAAUCUUCCAUUUAAAGUGUGCAACAGAUAAAUUUCAAAGUUCAGCGUUGAAGAAGUUCAAAUGCCCCCAACAUGCAUGCUUUAUAUGUAAACAGAAAUGCUUUUGGCGCUGUGUGAGGUGUGAAAUAGCUUCACAUGACAAAUGUGCAGCUUGGCCAGAUAAAGUGAUUCAUCUUAGUGAGCAACCAGGAUGGGCUGUUUGCUGGAGGCAUCCGACAGAUUGGCGGCAUGAGCAUGGAGAAGCGGCAUGUAACUUUGAGGACAUAUUCUCUCGUUUGCCUCUUCCAUAUGUCGAGGAGGAAUUCAAGAUGUGCUCAGUACUAAAAGAUGGCCCGGAUGACAAAUUGGAGCCACCUUCAUAUGUGCAUAUUAGGCGCAAUGUGUACCUCGUGAAGAAAAAAAGGGAAGAUGCUUCUAUGGACAUCGGAUGCAGAAGCUGCAGUACAUCAUGCUCCGAGGACUGUGUUUGCAGAGUUCAAAGCAUUAGUUGUUCAAAAGCUUGUCACUGCUCGGAAGCAUGCACAAAUAAACCUUUUCGCAAGGAUAAGAAGAUAAGACUUGUAAAGACUGAACUUUGUGGCUGGGGAGUAGAGGCUGCUGAACCUAUAAACAAGGGUGAAUUUAUCAUCGAAUAUGUGGGAGAAGUCAUAGAUGAUCUGGUAUGUACGCAAAGGCUUUGGGAUAUGAAAAACAAAGAAGUGAAAAAUUUUUACAUGUGUGAAAUCCGCAAAGACUUCACAAUUGAUGCAACUUUCAAGGGGAAUACAUCUCGUUUCCUGAAUCAUAGUUGUGAUCCUAACUGCAAAUUGGAGAAAUGGCAAGUAGAAGGGGAAAUACGUGUGGGCGUCUUUGCGGCACGAUCAAUAGAAGUUGGAGAACCGUUGACGUAUGAUUACAGGUUUGUGCAAUUUGGACCAGAGGUCAAGUGUCACUGUGGUGCUGUUAACUGUCAAGGAUAUCUCGGUGCCAAAAGAAAGAUCAACUUAGAUAUCCUUGUUUCCAAAAAAAGGAUGCUUGUGGCAAACCUUUGUUGGGGUUCAAAGCAAAAAAGAUCAUCAAAAAUUUACAUAGCAAAAAGUGCAGAAGUAGCAAUGCAACUUUCGGGAUAAACGAUGCUGUAUAUUUUGGUGUUGUCAUCGGAUACUUAUGAAUAGAAAAAAACAAACAGAAUGGAGGUUAUACAAGUUGAACAUUUAACAUAUAUCCUCAAUUGGAUUGUUGUAUUUUGUAACCAUUGGAGCUGUUAACUGUUAGCUUUUACACAGCGAGAAAGACGCAAGAUAAAAAAUAAUGCACUGGACACUGGACAGGCUAUAAAUUUCUGUAUUUUUUCUGUUGCUAGGUUAUCACAUUCCUUAUGUAGCAUCUUGUAUCAUUCAACGAUCUCGUAUAGGCUUUGGGUUCUUGAAUCUCUAUUGAAUGUUUUGCAAGAUUUAUAGAUGUAUAAGAAAUCUGUAUCUUCAAUUUGACCUAUAACAGUGUUUGUAAAUUGUGAUUACAUUUCCAGAAUCCAGUAUUUUGGAAUUGGAAUAAAGCAUUUUAUCCUAAAUUAUGUUGGUUGUAGAAAACUAAUAAGUUUUCUUGUCCAAUGAAG